GAGGUUAGUUUUCGGGCGUCAGCAGUAAACGUUGCAUCGUCAACAACCUUCCCGACAACUCAUCACUCAAUGUCUUUUCUUUUCGUGGCUCGUGCUGUUACUUUGUGACCACGUUGUUAAUCAUAUUUUCGACAAAAUGCCGAGUUCACUGACGCUCAAAGAUGUUGACCAACAGAAAUUUGUCACAGCUUUUGCUGCUUUCCUUAAAAAAUCAGGAAAGCUGAAGGUGCCUGCCUGGGUAGAUGUAGUGAAAACAGGAAAACACAAGGAACUAGCUCCUUUUGACAGAGAUUGGUACUACACAAGAUGCGCAGCUGUCCUGAGGCACAUUUACUUCAGGUCGCCUGUAGGAACCAAAACUGUCUGCAAAAUCUUUGGAGGACGCAAACGUAAUGGUGUUUGCCCUUCACACUUCUGCCCUAGCGCUGGCAGCGUAGCUCGUAAGGCCCUGCAGUCCCUGGAAGAUUGCAAAUUGAUCGAAAAAGUCGAAAAGGGACGAAGAAUCACUCCAUCAGGCCAAAGGGAUGUUGACAGGAUUGCCGGAAAAGUUCGAACGGAGAUUAAGAAGAAGAAAUUCCUCCACCAGCAGAAGACAUCCGGCAUCAAAGUUGCCAUUCCUGGAACCAUCGAUGCUUAAGCUUAUCCUCUUUUUUAUUUGUAAUUAAGACCUAAAAAUUUUUAAUAAAAUAAACACAAAAAUUGUUUUCUUAA